GCCAUUUCUCUCUCUCUCUCUCUCUCUCUCUCUCUCUCUCAUUCUAUCUGUGAGUUGUGACAGAGAAACUCCAACCUAUGUUCGGCCACCGGAAACCUAGCUCCGGCAUGCAGAGCGCAUCAGAGCGUCCCAUGCACUCGCCCAGCUCCGCCUACUCGGACUCUGCUACUUUCCAGAAGUCGUCUGGGAAGAAUCCGGUAAUGAUCGCCGCCAAAUCGGUGACAGGAGUUAUUCGCGCGUGCUUCACUCCGCCGGAGGGAAAAAUUUCGAGGAAUUGGGCCAAUUCUGAUGAGUUCAAAGCACCUACUGGACCUAUCAACGAGGAGGCUGAUUGGAAUGUGUGAAGUACGGGAUGGGCUUUACCACUAUAAACCUCCCUCCGCCUCAGUUUUCCACUCUCAACGUGUUUCUGACACUACUCUUUGGCAUCAGCGUCUUGGUCACCCUUCUAUAUCAUUUGCGUCAGAUGUUUCUGGGGCUAGCAGUCAAAGGAGUCGCAGUUCCAAUCGAAGUAUCUAUGCCAGUUCAUAUAAUUCAACACAGACAAGAGAGCCGGGCAGUGCGAAAUUCACGAUGGCAGAGAUUAACAAGGCCACAAGGAACUUCUCCCCCUCUUUCAAGAUUGGACAGGGUGGCUUUGGAACUGUCUACAAGGCAAGGCUUGAUGAUGGAACACAAGUAGCAGUUAAACGUGCUAAGAAGAUUGUGUAUGAUAAGCAUUUGGGUGUGGAAUUCCAAAGUGAGAUCCGAACAUUAGCACAAGUGGAGCAUUUGAAUUUGGUAAAGUUCUAUGGUUACUUGGAGCAUGAAGAUGAAAGGAUUGUUAUUGUUGAGUAUGUUCCCAAUGGAACUCUCAGAGAACACUUGGACUGCAUGUAUGGCAAUGUUCUUGACCUUGCUGCACGGCUAGAUAUUGCAAUAGAUGUUGCUCAUGCUGUCACUUAUCUCCAUAUGUACACAGAUCAUCCUAUCAUCCAUAGAGACAUUAAAUCUUCCAACAUUCUACUCACUGAAAACUUUCGAGCCAAGGUAGCUGACUUUGGUUUUGCUCGUCUAGGUGCCGACAGUGAAUCCGGUGCUACCCAUGUGUCUACCCAGGUAAAAGGAACUGCUGGUUAUUUAGACCCAGAGUAUUUGAGAACCUAUCAACUCACUGAAAAGAGUGAUGUUUAUUCAUUUGGUGUGUUACUUGUGGAGCUAUUAACGGGAAGGCGACCUAUUGAACCGAAACGGGAAAUCAAGGAGCGUAUAACUCCAAGAUGGGCAAUGAAGAAAUUUGGUGAAGGGGAAGCCAAUGCAAUCUUGGACCCAAGGCUGGAACUGACUGCAGCAAAUAACUUAGCACUAGAAAAAGUUCUAGAACUAGCCUUACAAUGUAUGGCUCCACACAGACACAAUCGGCCAAGUAUGAGGAGGUGUGCAGAGGUCCUUUGGAGCAUUCGCAAGGAUUAUAGAGAUCAAAUGGCUUCAGACUUCUGCUCAUUGUCCUCCGGUUCCUUGAGGACUAGUUCAAUAAAAGAAGAGAAAAAAAUGAUUGAAUCAGAUGCGGAGUGAGAGUUCCAUACUCGCGAAGUAAAAUUUGCGUCAGGGAUGGAAACCAGUGAGCUGUUUUCUUCUUUUGAAGAAACAGGCAACCGACGAAGUUGAAUAUUUGAGUCCAUCACGCAAGGAGGCAAUAAUUUCCCAAGAAAAAAAAAGACGUGAAAAUGCUUCAAGGGAUUAUUUGUUGCAAGAUCAUAGAGGAAUCUGCGGAUGAAGUUUGCUUGUGUAUAGGAAAUUCAGUUAAGAUGGGGAAGAGCUUUGCUUCCUCCUUAUUCUUGUGUGUAUCUCCUCCUUACCACCACAGAUUUUUUUUUUUUUUUCCCUGUUUGAAAAUUUGAUGUUUUGGACGAUUUCUAUUAGCAAAGCCAUGAUAUUCAGAUUAUGUAUUUGGAUUCUUCUCCAAGGUCAUAUUGUAUUUUAGGUGCAGACAUUCUAUUGCCCACAA